AUGCAACCAUCAUCGCUCUCUGCUUUACUCCACCCCAAGCAUGGUUUUCACUUCACUGUUUCCACCCUCUCUACUCUUCCCUCCUGGAAUUCAAACAAUACCGAUUGCUGCUCCUGGGAAGGCAUCACGUGCGAUGGACCCACUGGUCACGUGAUCAGCCUCGACCUCCGUGAGCUCUUUAUCUCUGGUCGGAUUGAUUUUGAAAGCCUCUUUCGUCUUCGGAACCUGCAGAAGCUCAACCUUGCUUUCAAUUAUUUUGAUGGCUCUCCGAUCCCAUCUGGGUUUGACCAGCUCACCAGGAGUCUCCGCAAGUUGAUCUUACAAAACUGUGGUCUUUCAAGCUCCAUCUAUUCUUCCCUUUCACAAUUCCAUUUCUUAUCUGAACUCGAUCUCAGCUAUAACAAUCUCUCCUCUGCAGUGCCCAAUUUCAUAGGGAACUUAUCCUCCUUGACGUCCCUCCUCCUUAGAUAUUGUGGAUUGCAUGGAAAAUUCCCUGAGAGUGUUUUCCAGCUGCCAAAUCUACAAAUCAUCGACAUAUCAUACAAUCCACUUGUAGCUAUCAAUUUGCCGGAGUUCCCUCAAAACAAUACUCUACAGCAAUUGAUUCUUUCAUACACUGGAUUUUCAGGAAAGUUACCAGAUUCUCUCAGUAAUCUCAAAUUCUUGACUCAUUUAGGCCUCAGCAAUUGCAACUUGUCUGGUUCAUUACCAUCCUCACUUUUGAACCUUACCAAACCUCAAUAUCUGUAUCUUUCAUCCAAUAAAUUGAGCGGCCCAAUUCCUUCUUCAUAUGGAAAUGAGCUUCUGAAUCUCAAAGAGAUCAACUUAGGGAAUAAUUUGCUUAAUGGGACCAUUCCAUCAUCAUUGCUUUCACUCCCAUCAUUACAAUGGUUGGACCUCGAAGGUAACCAACUUAGCGGUCGACUUGGGGAGUUUCACAAUGCCUCUUCUUCACAGCUGGAGUACAUCCAUUUGGGGAAUAGUACCAUCUCCCCAUCUUUUAUUGAUCACCUUGGUGGUGAAAUCCCUCAAUCAGUUUGCAAUGCAACAUCCCUAGCAGUCCUUGAUUUAUCUCACAAUCACUUCACCGGUCAGAUUCCACCAUGUUUGGGUGAGAUUGGUGGUGGACUUAAUGUGUUGAAUCUUCAAGAAAAUGCUUUUAAUGGCACCUUACUUCAAAUAUUUAAAGAGGGAUGCAACAUACGAACGCUUGAUCUCAGUGGGAAUCAAUUAGAGGGCCAAGUGCCAAGGUCUUUGGCUAAUUGCAAAAUGUUGGAGGUAUUAAACCUUGGAAACAAUCAGAUACAUGACACAUUCCCUUUAUGGUUGGAAGCUUUGUCCCAAUUGCGUGUUCUCGUCUUAAGAUCCAACCAAUUUCAUGGCACCAUUGGGCAUCCUCAAGCUUUUCCACUGUUACAAAUUUUUGACCUCUCUUUCAAUAGCUUUGAGGGUAAUUUGCCAUCAAAUAUGUUCAAGAGUUGGAAGGCAAUGAUGGAAGAGGACAAAUCCCAAUCUUUGGUCCUCGGCAAAAUGAUUUACGGUAGAGGAAAUCCCAUAUACUAUCAAAACAAAGUGUCUUUAGUCAUCAAAGGGCUACAAAUGGGAAUAGUAAAGAUCCUUACGGCCUUUACUGUAGUGGAUCUCUCGAGAAACAAAUUUCAUGGGAAUAUCCCAGAAUCAAUUGGGGAUCUAAAGUCAUUCCUUGUGCUCAACAUGUCCAACAAUGAUUUAACUGGCAGAAUUCCAACAUCAUUUCAGAAUCUAAGGGAUCUAGAGUCAUUAGAUCUCUCACAUAAUAAAUUGUUUGGAGAGAUCCCUUGGCAGCUAACAGAGCUAACAUUCCUUGCAGUGUUGAAUCUCUCAAAGAAUUUCCUUGUGGGAAAAAUACCACAGAGCCAGCAGUUUCUUACAUUUAACAGCGAAUCAUUCAAAGAGAACUCCGGUUUGUGUGGACCUCCACUAACAAAGAAAUGCGAAGAUGCAGAGAGUGCACCGCCAUCCCCUCUGGCCACAUUGCAAUCUAAAAGGAAAUAUGAUUGGGAAUUAAUGUGGAUAGGAUUUGGAGUUGGACACGAAGUAGGCAUAGGGAUGCUUUUCUGGACCCUAGCACUUUGGAGGAAGGGAAGGAGAGAAUUCUAUAUAUUUAUUGAUAGAAUGCUUUCCUCAGUUUUUCCUUACAUGGUGUUUCCUAAAUGGCAAUGA